AAGAGAGCCUUGAGCACACGCUGCCCUUGCUUGCCUCUUUCCCCUGCCGCUCUGCUUGUCGAGGUCGCGAGAGCCCACCUUCCUCUCCUCUUAUUAUCUCCAUCUUGUGCCGUCAACGACUUCUUUUUUCUUUUUCAAUUACCUCAUGUUGUAAACUCUCGCGGCCCGACAUAGCUGCGAGCUCCGGCUUUUUUUUUGUUGUCUCCACGGCGGCCCCGGAGAUAGGUGAUCGCUUUCGGCCUGGUCUUAAGCCGAGGCGCCGGCUCAAUUUUCCAUUACCACCAACCUCCCCGACGAGAUCUCCAAUCUCAAGAUCGGAGCAGAGCAAUCGGCUCAUAGGGAUUGGAAUUGGGCAUUGGGAGCUCUACGACAUUGAGGUAGAGCUGUGUUGUACACUGAAAGCUCUGACCUACCGCCACCCGACCAAUUGGACUCCCGGCGUCCCCUCUUCUGCAGUGCCUCUUCGGACAAUUUUCCCGACUUGAGAGCAUCUCUUGCUCACCAGCUGCCACAAUGGUUCUCACGCACACGACAAACCAUACCUACUCUCACCCAUUCCCUACUGUCACCCUCGCCUUCUUCCUCCGAUACUCGUCUCCUCAGCUCAAUCCCUUUGCCGCUCACGUCUUGAGCACCGACACCAUCGAGAGUUAUGUCGACCCCAAGACGCACCGACUGCACACCACUCGCAUUCACCUGAAGAAGAGUCGAAUGCCCGGAGCUGUGUACAAGCUGCUGCCUACCAGUGUUACUGGAGGCGGCUCUGCUGACAAGGCAUCGUACAUCCUGGAGACUAGUGUGGUCGAUAUCAAGGAGGGCUGGAUGAAGUCUGAGAGUCGAAACCUCAACUUCACCGGUGUGCUGUCUGUUAUUGAAAAGCAGCAGUUCAAUGUCCCUGCCGAAGGAGUGUCUAUGAACCCCAACGAGACCGCUGUGACAACCAUGGUCCAGUUCAGGUCAAGACUUGGAGAAAAGAUCCGCGGCAAACUGGGACAGGCCCAAGAGGAUGGCUGGUUCAAGAACGGCAUCAUGGGUGGCUGGGGCGCUAAAGGAAUUCAGCGCAGCAUCGAGAGUCUGGCUUCCACAAAGACCCAGGACCAGCUGGGCAAGAGCCGUGAUGGCAUGCGACUUGUGCUCGAGAGGCUACGCAACAAUGGCGUUAUGAGUGUCCUCGAAACAUUACGGAGAGAGCGCCAGCGACAGAUCGCCUGAGAUUGACAGGACGAUCCAACUGUAACAACGAACGACUUCACACGCGUGACACGGCCUUGGAACGGGAUUGGAAAGACCCUUCCCGCUCGAUUCAUGACGAAAGAUUCAUGUACCCUGUAUUGUAUUAGUAUUGCUUCUUCAGCCCGGCGCACAGUGUCUUUUUUUUGGGUAUAUCCAAGGUGGUAAGAGGAGGUGUGGAGGGAGGCAUCGAGGCAAAAGGCGCCGAAAGGAAUUGGGCCGGACGAGUCCAGGAAACGGAAAACGUGCGGCGACACGACGCCUCGAUCAAAUGUGGCAUCCCCUCUCUUGUAUUGAGUAUGAAAAACGUAUGGAAUAAGAACCAACGAGUCAACCAUG